GGAAACGUCAGCCAACCGCAAACCAGUUUUUUUUUCUUCUUCUCUGCAGCAGAUCUGAUUCUGGUUCCGACCGCAGCUCCGACAGAACCCCCCGCAGCCUGGCAGCCGUGAGCCCUUCCCCGCACACCGCCAGGACAUGAAGCGGCCGUGAAGGCGCCGUUUUCCCGCUGAACAUCCAGAGAGCAUCCGCAGCUGAUUCCCCUGAGAGACCGGAGCGGAGGCGGAGGGAGAGCACUGCAGCAGACAUGCCGGGCCUCAUCAUCACGCUCAUCGCUCUCCUGUCCGGCUCUGAAGCUUUCGGACGGGGCUCGACCCAACAGGUUAUCCCGCUCGGUCCUCCGCCGGCUCCUCUGCUUCCGGGUGAGGUCCAAGCCCAGUCGCGUUUCAUCCAGGAAUUAGUCAGAACCAAGCGCCACUCGGCCCGCGAGUUAGUCCGCGCCCAGCCUCACCUGGUUCAUGACAUGGGCUGGCCGGAGAUCCACGAAACAUCCGGGUCACAAAGCAGACAGGAGCCGAUGAAUUCCUCCGCCGUGAGCCCGACGUCCGCCAUGAACCAGGAAGUAGCCAGGACCCUCGCUGCCGUGGAUAAAAGCCUGGAUGUGGAAGAAGUGAUGGAGCGGAUGGUCCACCUGGCGGUGCCGCUGGGUCUGGACGGCGCCGGGGGACACCUGGAGCUCAUGGAGCCAGAGGCAGAGCGCCGCGGCGGGCUCGGAGCCGGCGACGCCUCCCAGGAGGCGUCCGGCUUCGACGGGACAGACACGGAGGACAGAGAGCACGGAGACGACGGAGGAGAGGAUCAGGACAGGAGAGGAGGAGGAGGGGAGGAUGAGUGGGAGAGGUACGCAGCAGAGGACAGAGAGAGACGUGGGGAGGAGGAUGAAACAGGACGAGAGAUGGACGAACGCGGCGUCUCAGAAGCCGUGGAGGUCAAUCACACGACUCCAGAUCUCUACGCUCUGAUCGACUACAGGUCUUUGUUUCAUCCGUCCAAGGAGCCCAGCAGGUCCUUCCUGUCUGAAGAGCUCAAUUUCAGGCCGCAAGAGCACCGCGGUCCCUCAGUCUUGGAGUUGAGUCCUUCAGAGAAAGAUCUGUGGACAGCAGAGAAGGACGAAGACGUUCAGUCCAGCGGCUACGGCGUCCUUCGCUCCUCGGUCGCCGCAGCUCAGACCUCACCGACACCUCCUGCUGAUCCAGCCCUUUCUGUAGACUCUGACAGUACAGCGACACCAGAGACCGACACCGGAACCGACUUUGGACUUCUGGGAAGUUAUACAAAAGAUGAGGAGAAGGAAGCAGGUCUGCCACACGCAGGAGUAAUUACCCAGAAUCCCACAGCUCCAGAGGUUGGGUUGGCACCCAGCAGACGACCUCUGCAGCCCAGUUUGGAGCAGGAGGAACACGGGGAAGAACGGGAACAUGACCUAAAAGAAGACAGAAGUGAGGAGUUGGAGGAUGAGAGGAAGGAGAGAGAAGGAAGCAGAUUCAGAGGAAUCAUCCCGCUGACCACAGACCCGUCCCAUACGGCUGGAUUCACGGCGACCGGGUUUGAUCCAGGACUGGAGGAGCUGCGGCAGGUGGUUUGUGUGAACUGGAACGAGCUAACCGGACGGGGCUAUGUCGUCCUCAACAUGACGAAGAACAUGAACUGUGAGGAGUUUCGUGUCUGCGGCGGCGUCCAGCUGCUGAAGAUCAUGGAGCGGGAGUUUGCACGCAGAAUGAACAGCCCUGAAGGAUCAUGGGUACUUUACCUCAGCAAGCCGACGCACCAGCAACACCAGCUGCUGAUGAAUGUUGCGUCUGCACAUGGAGUCAUUGCUACUCAGGAGGUGCUGGACAUGUUGGGAGAGAUCAAAAAAGGCCUUGAUAAGGUGGGGAUCCAGAACUACAGCGCAGCAACCAGCUGCCAGUCUCGGCCCAGUAAGACCCGAAGCGACUACGGAAAACUCUUCGUGGUUCUGGUCAUCAUCGGCUCCAUCUGCAUGGUCAUCAUCACGUCCGGCUUCAUCUACAUCUGCUGGCAGAGGCGGCUGCCGGGAAUGAAGAGCAUGUUUCCUGCAGAGGAGCUUCACUCUGUGGAGAACGGUUACCACGACAACCCCACCCUGGAUGUAACCAAUGACAGCCAGGCUGAGAUGCGGGAGAAGAAGCCGAGCACCAAUGGGCUCACGGGGGCGGGAGAAGGGGGCGGGGACGACAGCAGUCGCUGGCAGGCGUUCGUCAACCAGGCAGCAACUGAGGAUGAUGAAGAGGAGCAGGACACACAUCUCUGAUUGAGGAAGAGGAGAUUUAUUUUAUUAGAAGAGUCUAGAAGAAAGAUCACUGUGAUGACAGAGGGGAGGAAGGUAGCUGCGACUGGGAAUAUGAGGGUUGUAGCUGGAGGAGUCACUGAGGUCAAAAUCAAACAUUGAAGCUUCAUCAAUCGCUGCGAAUUUAUCCAGACCACAUCAGAACCCUUCUGAUUGGUGUGCCUUAAGCUCUCAGCUCUCCGGACUGAAGCUGCACGAAACGAUUUCACAGUCCGCGACCAAUCACCUCUCCACCUGCAAGCUUUAGUAGCUUUAUCAGCUCAAAUGUUUGAUUACCUGCAACAGAAUGCAGCUGUGUCUACGACGGCGUGUUCGGGCCAGAAAAAGAGAAAAUUUCCACCAAAAAACUCAGAAAUUUUGACAAAAAUCUCAGAAAUUUUCUAGAAAAGUCAAAAGUUUGCUAGAAAAACUUUUAAGACAACUCUCAGAAAACAAUCUAGAAAAAAUAUGUCAGUUUCUGAGUUUGAAAAGUUGAAAAUUUGUUUUAAAAAAACUCUGAGAUGUUGAAAUUAAUCUCAGAAAUUUUCUGGAAAAAAACAUGAAAAUUUCUGAGUUUCAAAAGUAAAAAUAUUUCAACUUCUGAAGCUCAGAAAUUUCACAUUUUUUCUAGAAAUUUUCUGAUCUUAACGUAAAAUUUUCAGAGUUUUUAGAGAAAGAAAAUGACUCCUGUCUAUUUUUUGUCUACAAUGGCUCUAAAGCGCUGCCAUAUGAAUGGAACAGUUUAAAACAGCAAACCGUCUGUAAAGCUGUUGCUGUAGUGAUACAGAAAGUAAACACUCCUGUUUGAAUGCCAGGUUGUUUCAAAUAAUGUUAAAAACUUUCUUCAGCUUUAAUGUGACUUAAAUUCAGUAUGCACACUUUCAAUAAAACUUUCCAGUGUUUAAUAUGUUUCUGUCCAAACCUCCCAUGAUUGCAUGCAGUCAGAUUAAUCAGAAAUAAGGUUCUGUGUGCUAAUCUCUGAUAUUUUGCUGUUUGACGUUGUGUGUGCAAUAACACUAGAGAUCCACGACGAUUUUACCAGACUAAACUCAACGUCUUAGAAAGGCCUAGUCAAAGGGCAGAAACGGCAACACCAAGAUGAGUUAUUAGUUGAAUUGUGUGUCACAUUAAAGGCAUCAAAGGUUCAUAACUGAUCAAGUGAAUUAAAUCUCACUUUUACGUCAAACUUCUGGCAUUUUAACAAGCGGAUGCAGACUUUUAGAUCCACUGUUAUGUUGUAAUUCUGCUGUAUGUUGUUUUAUUACAGUUACUACUCAAAUGAAUGUUAUACUGAGAGUAAAAUAUUUGCUGCUAGCCAAGCAUCGCUUUCACCAGCAGGAACGUCUCUUAAAGUGUGACAGCAGUGACUUCUCUGAGUCGAACAGCAGGUUUCACCUCUACCAACUGUGAAAGAAAAGUUUGGCACUUUACUGAUUCAUUUUGGAAGGACGACCUCUGAGAUGCUGCAACAUGUUGAACUUAGCCACACACAGAGACUGGAAUAUCACUAUUUUUGCUUUUAGUAGUGGUUUUACCUGUUGAAGAAGUUUGCUGUUUGCUGUGCAACACUUUACAUGAAGCUUUACCUGUGCUCUGUUAGCCUGAUGUGCUUUUAUAAGUAGUGCUGGAAUGGUUGCUUUAGUUUGCUCCUGACCUACUGUUGACACACGGGCAACAUUCUGGCCCAAAAGCAUGAAUAUAUAUAUGUGUACAUAUAUAUGUACUGUAGCUGUAACGUCCAGGUUGAGUCACCAAACUUUAGUUUGAGUUUUGGGUUUAUGUCAUUUGAACUCAGCCGGGACACGUUGAAGUUCUUUUACAUCUCACCAUUAGAAAUGUAAUGUCUGACUCUUCAUUACAGUUGAGCCACAGUGGUCAUAUUGUCUCAUUUGGUAAUAUCACUAAUAUCGCCUCAGUGCCAACAUUAAAGCCACUGUGCUUUAUAACGAAGCUAAAUAUUUAGCUAGGAGAUUAAUUAGUUUGUAAACUUCUUAGAUUCUGGCUAAAUAUUUAGCUUGCUAACUAAAUAUUUAGUUUGGAGCUAAGUGUUUAAUUAGCAAGCCACAUAUUUAGCUUCAAGCUAAAUAUUUAGUUAAGCUAAAUACUUAGUUUGUAAACCAGAUAUUUUGCUACCAGGCUAUUUAGUUUACAAAUGAAAUAUUUUGUCCUUAGCUAAAUAUUUAGGUCAGAGUUAAAUAUUUAGCUAAUAUGCAAAAUUUACCAGUAGAAUAGAGUGGACUAUCAAAAUAAAAGUCUUGUAAAACUAAAUAAACUCCUGAUGGUGAAACUGAUUGGCUUGGGUUGUAGCUCAUGUCACCUCUGCAUUCAUUUUCCUCUUCACAUGUACAACAAUUCAGCUUAAAGCAACAGGUGUUUGAAGUGAAUUAGCAUGUUAGCUAAAUAUUUAGCUUGCUAAGGAAACAUUUAGAUUGGCGCUAAAAGCUUAACUUGCUAACUAAAUAUUUUGUUUGAAACUGUAACAUUUAGAAAUGAAUGAAUAAGAUGGUUAAAAUAUGACUGAGAAAAGAGCUCUCAUUUUGUCUCCUAUGACAGAAUAAAUAACUGAAAUUAUUUCUCAUUAUUUUUGACUGUAAUUUUGAAAAUGGUACCGUAUCGAUACAGCAAAAGGCAGUGCAGUUUGGUACGCCAUUUUGUUUGUUUCCAGUCCCACGCCAGUUGUUGGACCAAAGCAAAUGUUGUUCUGUAGCGUGCCAGAAUGUAAACGGCGUCAUUGUUGGUUAUUGUGUCUAAAAUGUAUGAAUACAUAUAUGUUUUAUUCAGCCAAUGGGUUUUGCCCUUGAAGGAUCACUUUUUUGAAAUGCAAUUUCUUAAGCACUGAUAUCAAUCUGGAUAUCAAAAAUUUAUUUUGCACACAAUUCUGAAUCAAACGGCACUAAAUAAGGUCCUGAUCAGUACUAAUCCGAACUUUAUUUAGGUUGUUCAAAAUUUCACUUUAGAAUUUGGCUGCGUUUUAAAAUCCAUUAACUGAGAACAUCUAUUAAAACAUUAAGUCCAUUCAUGAAUUUGAAGAUUGUGUGUUAUUAAUUACAAUAUUAUUAAUUCAAAAAUACAUCCAAUUUCCGUCCUGAGUCACCCACUUCACACAUUUGUCAUGCUGAGGUGAGUAGUUCCUCAUCGGCACAGACUGAGUGUCUGCAUAGCUCAGCAAGAGAUUAAGUGACAUAAUUUAGAGGUUAUUACUGCAACAUUUAUGGAACAUUUGUAUCAGAUUUGUAGCAGUGCUGCAUGGAAUCCAUGGCAACCAGGCUAAUGUUUUUAUUUUACAAACAUGGUUCUUUUGAUUGGAAGUAAUAUUCUUGCUUUGGAGCAAGAAAUAUCUAGAAUUUGAAGGGAUUGAAGACAAUUUGUCAAAAUAACAGAAGAAAAAAUAAUAAAUGGAAAUCUCAAAGGGUUUUAUGGAAUUAAAAGAAGGGUUGGAUUGGUGAAAAAUUGUAUAAACGAUAGUACAUAAAACAAAAUUGUAUUUUUGUUUGUUUCGCCUGUUGAUAGAUGACUGCCCCACCUUUAAAGCUGUAAAUAAUUAAAAAUCUAAUACUAACAGGGUAAUGAAUAAAUGAAUAAUUAUGGGCUGUAGAAUUGGGGGGGGGGGCAGCUUUUGGAGCAAAUGGUAUGAUGUGUGAAGAGCAUUCAAAAUACAAACCUUCAGAAAUACUGAAUAAAAACCUCACCCAGACUUUUUAAAAAUAUUUUUGGCUGAUUUGGAAAGGAAAUAGAAAGAAAUGAAGCAGAUUUUAAAAUGUUUGUGCAGUUCUGCUAUUUUGGUCACGUUAAGUCAAACCUGGUUUCUCAAGUCCUUGAAGAUAAAAACAGACCCUUUAUCAAACUGUCAUGGCCUUAAAUACCAUGUUUAUGUUGUUUCUAAUUAUUUAAACUCUCCAUUUGGCAGAUACUGCUUAUCAUUUUUAUGUUUAUCUUCAUAUAUACCACAGUAUAUAUACUGUAUAUUUACAGUAUACUGGUUGUAUUUUGUCAGAUAAACAGGAUCAUGAGGUGUUUAUGAAGUAAGAGCAGUUUGAACCUGUUUAUACAACCACCUGUAGCGAAGGUCAGCCAUCUUGAGAGCACUACUCAAGCUCAGGCGGCCAUCUUGAGAGCACUACUCAAGCUCAGGCGGUCAUGUUGAGGAUGUUGACUACAACUAAGUGACAACAAGCUAGCAUGUAGCUUUCAGAGCGGCAGCAAAAUACACUAAACCACUUGAGUUGAUUUUUGAUGUUUAAAACACAUAUAUAAUUUAUGUUGUUGUUUUCUCUUGCUAAUUUUAUUCUGAUUGUAUUUUUGCUGAUGUUUGCAGUUUAUGGAUUAAAGGUUCAAGUUGUAACAACAAAGUUUUUUACUAAACAUUUUGUUUUUAUUUAUUUGUAAUUUUGGUUUCCUAAUAUGUUCAAUUGAUUGCCAGUCAUUCUCCUGUAUCACCAGUAAAAGUGUAGAAAACUACAAGUUGAAACAUA